CCAUAAAGAGAAAAGAUGGGGUUUCCUUUGCGAUCGGGGAAUGCAAUAUAUACCAACUUAUAAUGCCAAAACUGAGCUGCUUACCAAAAUCUUGCCGCUCCGUCCGGUUUCCCGUCUUCGACUGCAAGGUUUGAAGCCAAACAAAACGCCAAGAUGUCAGAGAAAAAGAUGUCGUCGAGUCGCAAGCAUCACCUGAAGAGUUUGAUGCUGUCGAUCGCCAAAGGUUUACUGGAGGACGAAGAGAGGGAGCAAGAGGAGGAGAGGACAAGGUACAUGGAUGAGAACUGUCCUCCCGUGUCCAUGCCCAGGAGCAUGCAGGAGCUGCAGGAGCUGUGCCGCGAGAUCCACCACAAGAUCGACGUGAUUGACGAGGAGCGAUACGACCUGGAGAACAAAGUCAACAAAGCCAACAAAGAGAUUGACGACCUGAAGAUCAAAGUACAGGACCUGAUGGGCAAGUUCAAGAAGCCCGUCCUGAGGAAAGUGCGUAUGUCCGCCGACGCCAUGCUGAAGGCUCUGCUGGGCUCCAAACACACCGUCAACAUGGAACUGAGGGCCAACCUGAAGCAGGUCAAGAAGGAGGUGAAAGAGGAGGAUAAGGAACUGCGUGACAUUGGUGACUGGCGUAAAAACAUUGAAGACAAAGCCGGCAUGGACGGGAGGAAGAAGAUGUUUGAAGGCGAGGCUUAAAUCAAUGUCCCAUCAGCCCCCCCAAAAAACUGCAUCUGCUCUACCGGAUAUAUUAUCAGUUCCUGUUUUUUCAUUAACUGGUUUAUCCGGAAAACCGCUUAGAUAGCACAAAUACGUUUUUUAAACUGUAAGCUGUAGAAACCGAAUAAACAAGCAAC